AUGGAAGGAGGAUAUGGCUGGACAGAAGAGGAAAUGGUUGUUUUUGGAACUGCACUUGCUGCAGCAACAACAACUAUUGCAGUGGGAGAAUAUUGCAUCAAUUAUUUAUUUAGGACAUCCUCAAGAUUUGGAGACUAUGAAAGAAGCAGGAUAAUAAAUUGGAUAAUUAGAGAGGGCGAGCAAGUUUGUGUUGCUCAACUUAGAAUGAACAAAGCCACAUUCUUCAACCUAUGCUCUCUUCUUAGGGAUAGAAAUAUGCUUCCUGAUGGGAAACAUAUUUAUAUGGAAGAACAACUGGUUAUUUUCCUUCAUACAGUAGGCCAUAAUGUGAGAAACCGUGUAAUUGAAAAUCAGUUUAUAAGGUUGGGAGAAACGGUUAGCCGUUACUUUACAAAAGCUCUGGAUGCUGUUGUCGGACUAUAUCCCAAUUUUGUAAAACUCCCAAGUGCAGAAACACCUCCCGAGAUUCUAUCCAAUCCAAAAUGGAGCACAUAUUUUCAGGAUUGUAUUGGUGCAAUUGAUGGCAUCCAUGUACCCGCCUAUGUGCCUGCAUUGGAAAGUGCGACCUACCGUAACAGGAAAGGGAUCCUCUCUCAAAAUGUAAUGGUCGCAUGUACAUUUGAUAUGAAGUUCGUAUAUGUGCUCGCCGGAUGGGAAGGAUCUGUCUCUGACGCACGCAUCUUACAUAGUACAUUGACACAUACCACUGAUCGUUUUACUAUCCCCCAGGGUAAAUACCACAUAGUUGAUGCUGGUUACGCCCAUUUACCUGGAUUUAUGGCUUCAUAUCGUGGUGUACAGUACCACCUCAAUGAAUACCAUACGGGCCGCAAUCCUACGAAUAAGAAAGAACUUUUUAACUAUCAACAUACUCAAUUACGAAAUGUUAUUGAGCGGAUAUUUGGAGUACUCAAAGCGCGAUUUUCGAUCCUCAAAUCAGCUCCACCAUACAACCUUAACACACAAGUGAAGAUAGUGAUCGCAUGUUGUAUGUUACACAACUUUAUCCGUAUAUUUGGAGGAGAUAGUUUAAUGGAAGAGGAGGUCACCUCAACGGAAGUAACAGAGAGUGUGGAUCUAUCACCAUGUGAGGGUAAUGCCACACAACGUGAAAAGGAUGAAUGA